AUGAUGAGAGACUGUUCACCUCAGCCUUCUGAGAUUGCACCAGAGGCCUUGGUGCAUAACAUGGAGGAAACAAAUGCAACUGAUGCAGGUACACAAGAACUGGAAUAUUCACAAACAAAGGAGAAAGAGGAAGAGGAUAUUGAAUACAAAGGAACAGUAUCACAUGAUAUUACUCUCUCAGCUGCCAGCUCAAUGAGUGACACUCAUACGGGAUUCCUAAUUGAGGUUGCAGUGCAAACGAAGGCGGACCUCAGUGCCCCUGGCCUGAAACGAUUGACGCGAUUCAAUGAGGUGCACUCACAGUCAGUCAGUCAGGUGCGAGCCAACUUUGCAGCGGCUACAGUCCACGCCACAAACCGAAAUGUCAGAAUGUUCCUGCAGUUUUUGAGACAAGGGGGGAAAUGGCGGGGCAGUAUUCCGGUUUCUACCGCUGGCAGUGUCUCAGAAAAACUCUUGGUUCCGCCUGGGCACAACACUCUCCCUGGCCCCACGAACUGGCCCGUGCUGGGGAGUCUGCUGGAGAUCAUUAGGAGGGGAGGACUCCAAAAGCAGCACAAAACACUGGUGGAAUUUCACAAGAAGUUUGGGAAGAUUUUUAAGAUGAAGUUGGGUCCGUUUGAAUCCGUUCACAUCGGGGCUCCGUGUCUCCUGGAAGCACUUUACCGGAAGGAAAGCAAUUACCCUCAGCGCCUGGAGAUCAAACCGUGGAAAGCCUAUCGCGAUUACAGGGAUGAGGCAUAUGGACUCCUCAUACUGGAAGGAAAAGAUUGGCAAAGGGUGAGGAGUAUCUUUCAGCGAAAGCUAAUGAAGCCAACGGAAGUAUUAAAACUGGACGGAAGAAUCAAUGGGGUUCUGAAAGAUUUCGUCGACAGAAUGGAGAAGCUUCGCGAUGAGACCGGGAAGAUCAAUGAUUUGUACCAGGAACUGAACAAAUGGUCCUUCGAAACAAUUUGUUUGGUGUUGUAUGAUAGAAGAUUUGGUCUUCUGGACCAAAAUGUUGUUGAAGAAUCUUUGAACUUCAUUCAGGCAGUUAAAAUUAUGAUGAAUACAUUUGGUAAAAUGAUGGUGACUCCAGUUGGGCUCCAUAAACGUUUAAACACAAAGACUUGGAAGGACCACACUGAAGCUUGGGACAAUAUAUUCAAAACAGCAAAGUGCCAUAUUGAUGGAAGAUUGAACCGACACUCGGCUUGCCCAGCCAAUGACUUCCUCUCUGAAAUCUACAAUGGUAGUGAAUUAUCGAGAAAAGAGUUGUAUGCAGCAAUCACUGAGCUCCAGAUUGGAGGAGUAGAAACGACAGCCAACAGUUUGCUUUGGGCUAUCUUCAAUCUGUCUCGCAAUCCCAAGGCACAAGAAGAACUUCACAAAGAAAUAUUGUCUGUGCUGUCUAAAAACCAGAUCCCAACUGCAAACGAUAUUAAGAAAAUGCCUUACCUGAAGGCUUGUCUAAAGGAAUCUAUGAGGAUUACACCUUCUGUGCCCUUCACGAGUCGUACACUGGAUGAAGAAACUGUUCUUGGUGACUAUUUACUACCGAAGGGAACUAUUUUAAUGAUAAACAGUCAUGCAUUGGGGUGGAAUGAAGAAUAUUUCAAUGAUGGAAUGCAGUUUAAACCUGAACGAUGGCUACAGGAUAGGCAUACAAUCAAUCCUUUUGCACAUGUGCCAUUUGGGAUUGGGAAGAGGAUGUGUAUAGGCCGGCGGCUGGCUGAGCUACAGUUGCAGUUAGCCCUCUGUUGGCUGGUGCCAAGGUACAAAAUAGUGGCAACUGAUGAAGAUCCUGUGGAAACACUGCAUUCUGGGACACUGGUGCCUAAUCGGGAAAUCCCAGUAGCAUUCCACAGACGUUAAGGAGUACUGUGAUUCUUCGAGAGCACAGCCCAGCCUAGACUCUUGUUAAGCUCAGCGUUUUAUAAUCAGUGAAACAAGGCACUGCAAGGCCAGAAGAAUGUUAUGGGAAUGGAA